GUAGGGAGAGAUGGUGCCUAUAGUAACAGUGGGAUAAUAGUCUCUGGGAAGGGAAUGUGGCUGUGGGAUAACAGGGAGAGGUUGUGCCUUUAGUAGUGGUGCUAAUAAUGUACAUAUUUAAACAACACCCCUCCUCUCACCAGAAACCAGAACUAUAAAAGAAGACAGAAGAUGAUAGCAAAAGAUACAGAGAAAGAAAUAAAAACUGAAAAUAAAAGAGCUGAGCAAAAAACAGAGGGAUAGAAAAAAAUGUUAAGAAAGUGCAGUUAAAUAGGAAAAAUAAUGGCAGAAUGAGGUGAGAAGAGAAGUUAUAUGAAGUAGCAGGAGAACAAGAGUAAUAAAGAAUGGGGAGAUAAAGGGGGUAUGAAAGGCAUAGAGUGUAAAAGUAAAGUUAACCACUAAGAGAAACCCAGCAGUAUUACAGUACAGGAAAACGGUUACUGUUCCAGUCUCCCAGGAGGUGCUGCAGAGGCUGUGGUGCUGUCCUGUUGUAUUUCUACCAGCCCUGAUAGUAAAUGUAGUGGGUGGGGAAGGCAACAGAUACAAACUGCCAGAUGACUCUGUAUAGAGAACUUUCAGAGGAAAGGUGUCCUGCUCUCUGGAUAGAGUUGUGCUCUGUAGGGUAAUAACCAUUCCAGCUGACACUCCGGGCACCUCUGCUUCACACCACUGCCUGGAAGAUCCAUCACCUCUUUGCACUAAAAGUCCCCUCCGUUGCUUGGAACAGUCACAGAAAGAGAGAUCUCUACCCUCCCCUGCAAUCAGAGCUUACUCCUCCCUUCCUAUCCAGCACACUGAGCCGGUUCCAGCACUACUGAGGUUGCAUUCCCACCAACCACCUGUCUGCAGAGACAUGGCAAUGUAUCCAACCAUCUCCAAAAGGGAUGGAGAUAGACAAGCAAGAAGGAUAAGACCCCAGACCACAACAAGUAAUGUAAUUGACUCAAGAAAUGUGAGUCACUGAGCAUCAAGAUGACUCUCCUAGGAGGAGAUAACUCUGAUUAUGACUACAGUGCUUUAAGUUGUGCUUCCGAUACCUCAUUCAACCACAAUUUCUUUGGAGAGUCUGAAAGCCUCAAGGGUAUCUUCUACAAAAGGGCCAAGCUCAUCCAGCCAACCGAGAACCUCUUUAAGAGCGCUCACCCAGAUGACCGCAAACACCAUGCCAUCAUAAAUGUUGGAGGCAUCAGGUACCUCCUGCCUUGGACCACCCUGGAGGAAUUUCCUUUAACACGCCUUGGACAGCUAAAACUCUGCAGUAACUUUGAUGAGAUCUUAAGCAUUUGUGAUGAUUACGACGUGACGUGCAACGAGUUUUUCUUCGACCGGAACCCUGGAGCCUUCAGAAUUAUUCUGACCUUCCUGCAGGUUGGAAAGCUGCGGCUGUUGCGUGAGAUGUGCGUUCUCUCCUUCCAAGAGGAGCUUCUUUAUUGGGGUAUAGAGGAGGAUAACCUGGAAUGGUGCUGCAAAAGGAGAUACGUUCAGAAGAUGGAAGAGUUUGCUGAGUUGAAUCUACAGGAGGAGGAGCUGAUUGAGAGUGAAAAUGCGUCUGAACCUGAAGAUGAAAGCAAAUGGGACAGUUGCAUGCGUCACUUAAGCGAUAUGGUGGAAAAGCCUCAGUCCGGGCUCCCUGGGAAGAUCUUUGCAUGUCUGUCUGUGUUAUUUGUCACCAUCACCGCUGUGAAUCUGUCCAUUAGCACCAUGCCAGACCUGCGUGAGGAGGAGGAAAAGGGAGUAUGCUCCACAAUGUGCUACAACAUUUUCAUUGUGGAGUCGGUCUGCGUGGGUUGGUUUUCCCUGGAAUUCUUACUGCGCUUUAUCCAGGCUCCCAGCAAAUUUGCAUUUCUUAGGAGGCCCCUGAACCUUAUAGACAUUGUGGCCAUUUUGCCCUACUACAUCACUUUGGUGGUUGACAACACCUCAGUGGGACAAAAGAAGCCUGGCUCCGGAAACAGCUAUUUGGACAAAGUCGGCCUUGUGCUACGCAUACUCCGUGCCUUAAGAAUUCUCUAUGUGAUGCGCCUCGCCAGGCAUUCCUUAGGGUUGCAAACACUGGGUCUCACAGCCAGGCGCUGUACACGGGAAUUUGGCCUUCUGCUUCUCUUUCUUUGUGUGGCCAUUGCUCUAUUUGCUCCUCUCCUCUACUUGAUAGAAAACGAGAUGGCAGACUCCCAGGAAUUUACCAGUAUCCCUGCCUGCUACUGGUGGGCUGUCAUCACGAUGACCACAGUGGGAUAUGGAGACAUGGUGCCCAAGAGUAUUCCGGGGCAGGUGGUCGCUUUAAGCAGUAUUCUGAGUGGCAUCUUACUUAUGGCGUUUCCGGUGACUUCAAUAUUUCACACUUUCUCGCGCUCGUACAUUGAGCUGAAGCAGGAACAGGAGCGGCUGAUCUGCAGGAGGGCACAGCUACUCAUGAAGACCAAGUCCCAGAUGGGACACAUCUCCCAGGGGAGUGAUAUACUGUCUGAGUGUGCAUCCUCAGAGGCCAGAGACAAUGAAUGACUGGUACAGCCCAAGGGUUCAAAGUUUCUACUGUAGAAAAAGCCUAGAGUUGCUAUGUGAUUAUUACUGGAUAGAAAUCUAUUUUUCACUCUAUAUUAAUACUGAGUAUCACUACACACUCCCAGCUCUGCAAACAAGUCAAAUCAUAUGUAUUUUUAUAGAACUGUUGUUGGUUUAUUUCUGUUGAAUUGUAUUGGUUUUAUGAAUCCCUCUCUGUAUAGGCCAUGAGCAAACUUAGGGGUCUGUUUCUGCUGAAUUUAGCUUAGUACAUGGUAUAUUAUCCUGCCAUUGUUUUACUGUUCUUUUUCUGUAAAGGCUAUACAGUAAGUAAAGUUAGGGGGCUGUUCCUGCUGAAUUGUGUUUAGUACAGGGGAAUACCUAUGCUGCCAUAGUAUUAUGGAAUCUCUCU